AUGCCUAUGAGCAAGAAUAAGCUGAUUUUAUUACUUGGAAUGAUCUGUUUGGAACAAGGUAAAUCUGCAACUCGUUCUCUUUCUGAAGCUCCCACUUGUGGGCAGAGUCGGGUGAAGGCACGGCCUUGGAAUGACAUUUUUAGUCGCAUUGUUGGGGGAAACCAAGUGGAAAAGGGCUCUUACCCAUGGCAAGUGUCUCUGAAACGAAGGCAGAAGCAUAUCUGUGGUGGGACAAUCAUCUCUCCACAGUGGGUGAUUACAGCUGCUCACUGCGUUGCAAACAGAAAUAUUGCAUCAACUUUGAAUGUUACGGCUGGAAAACAUGACUUGAGCCAUGUGGAGCCAGGAGAGCAAGCCCUCCCCAUUGAAAGCAUCAUCGUACAUCCAUAUUUCUCCACAAAGAAACCAAUGGACUAUGAUAUUGCUCUUUUGAAGAUGGCUGGCACCUUCCAUUUUGGCCAGUUUGUGGGGCCCAUGUGUCUUCCAGAGCCAGGGGAACGAUUUAAGGCUGGAUUGAUUUGUACAACUGUAGGCUGGGGCCGCCUGACUGAAAAUGGCAUCCUCCCACAAGUCUUGCAGGAAGUGAGUCUGCCCAUUUUGACCCAGGAGGAGUGUGUGGCAGCUAUGCUAAGUCUGAAGAAACCCAUCAGUGGGCGGACCUUCCUGUGCACAGGCUUCCCAGACGGAGGGCGAGAUGCGUGUCAGGGAGAUUCAGGAGGUUCCCUCAUGUGCCGGAAUAAGAAAGGGGGUUGGACUCUCGCCGGUGUGACUUCCUGGGGUUUGGGCUGUGGUCGAGGCUGGAGAAACAAUGUGCAGAAAGAUGAUCAAGGAUCCCCUGGGAUAUUCACAGAUCUUAGCAAAAUGCUUCCCUGGAUCCACAAACACAUCCACAUUGGGAAGCGGAGAAAGAGCUCAAAAGCCUCAUGCAGUGAGGAGGACUAUGUGGCCAGCGAGUCUGAGGGGCAGCUGCACUUCCCAGAAAGCCCCGACCUAUAUUAUGACAGCAAGCAACUGUGUGUCUGGACCCUGUUGGUACCAGAGGAAAUGCAUGUGUCACUCAGUUUUUCCCAGUUGGAUGCAGAGUCUUGUCACCACAAUUCCCUGUCCAUGUAUUCUUUAGAAGACAGACUAAUUGGGAGAUUCUGUGGAGAAAGCCUUGCUUCAUCGGUUCUUGUUGGCGCCAACGCUUUAAAGCUGAAGUUCACCUCUGAUGCCACAGAUUAUGCCGCUGGGUUUAAUCUCACCUAUAAAGCUCUUAAGCCAAACUACCUUCCCGAUUCAGGCUGCAGUUCCUUAACUGUCCUUUUUGAAGAAGGCCUCAUACAGAGUCGUCACUAUCCUGAAAGCUACAGUGACAUGGCCGACUGUAACUGGGUUUUCCAAGCCCCCGAGCAUUACCUAAUUAAGCUUUCCUUUCAGAAUCUGGAAAUAGAAGAAAGUGGAGACUGCACUUCCGACUAUGUGACAGUGCACAGGGAUGCAGAAAGGAAGAAGGAAAUAGCUCGGCUGUGUGGCUUUGGCGCCCCUGCCCCAGUACUGAGCUCCUCCGGUAUAAUGCUCAUCAGCUUUCAGUCGGAUGAAAAUGUGACCUUCAGAGGCUUUCAGGCUACAGUCUCCUUCAUUCAUGAAAAAGCAACUGUAUUAUGCUUACACCCAGAUUUAAACAUCUCCAGGCCAGAGGAUGAGUCAGUGUUUCUGGAUACAUGGAAUGUCCUACCUGAUGAACUCAACGCUUCUGAUUGUCUUUAG